UUUUGAAACUGCUAUUACCGACCGGUAGCCGCCAUGAUGUAAAGUUUAUAGACAACAUCUUAGCACGUGGAGAUUAAACUCAUUUGCUUAAGCAGUUUUUCGUGUUAUUUAGCAAGAAAUUCUUGUGAUUUGUGUGAAAAGUUCCAAUUUGGACAUUGAUUGUCUAAAUUCGCUAAAAAACAGGGACUAACAAACCGGUCGUGUUGUUAAACAAGGGGUUAAUCGUGGAUCGAUCAAGCUAUGGCCCCGUCCUAUACUCGUCAGUUGUUAGCGUUGACUUUGCCAAGUAUAGCCGUAAUACUCAGCUAUUUGUGGUACAAAAAGAAGAGAAUUGGUGCAAAAAGUGACCCUGGCGAAACGCCCGUCGCACCGGCCGAAGACUUAGUCGGUGAGAACGCGUUUGUCGAGGACUCGAACGAAAGUUUGCAAUCGUCGCCGAGAUCGUUCACCAGGUCCCUGUCGGGCGUCGACAGCGCCCCAAUCGACAUCGUCAUACCCAGAGAGUUGAGAUCGAAAUCCAAAUCGAACCCCGUCAUCAUCUCCGACGAGGAUUUGGACUUCGAGAUCGAGAAGAUCAAGUCCAUGAAGACCGGCACCCACCUGAACAGGUCGUUCGGUAGCCAAGGCAGCCAAGGGAAAUCUAAAACACCGUCUCCGUCAGCAAUCAGGGAAGACUUUGACGAAGAGGAAGACGCUUCCCCGCCGUCGAUACAGAACAUCAAGUUCACGCAGCAAAGCUCGCCGAUCAAAUCGAACCCGACGCCGAUAAAGCAGAGUUUAUUCGAGCUGAAACGGAAAAGUGAGGCGAAGAACCCAAGCCCGAAGCAGCGCCGCAACAAGAAGGACAAACGGGCCGCGAUGGCGCAGAAAGACGUUGCGGUGGUUGAAGAAAAACUCGCCUCCUUGAAGAUCAACAACAACCAGCAAAACAAGCGCUCUGAUUCUCAGCGCAGAAGCAGCGAAAGAGACUCGGCCAAUCACAGCCCUGCCGAGGUGAUGCUCGCGUCCCCCUCGCUGAGUAGCAUAUCUGACAACCACAGCGAGAAGUCCACGGACAGCGGCAAGGGGGGCAGCGACCCGUCCACCCCUCCGCCGGCGCAUUCCGUCGACCCCAACCAGCAGGCGCUCUACGAGUUCAUCAUCCCGCAGCCGCUGGUGGGGAAGCUGAUUGGCAAGCACGGCAGCUUCGUCAGCUACAUCAAGGACAAGGCCAACGCGACGUUGGUUGCCGGGAAGCAUCCCACCAACAGGAAGCUGAAGGUGUGCACCGUCGAGGGAACGCAGGCGGAGAUCGACAGGGCUUUGAAGAUGAUUAGGGAGAGGUUCCCAAUUAAGAGGUUCCCCGAAGUCACGCUGGAACAGGUGCACUUCAUACAACCUCUUGCUUCUGUCCCACUUAUCCCAGACCACUUAUAUCUAAAACUCAUUGAAGGUAUCAACAACGACACAAUUUUAAGCUGCAUAGCCGCCCCAAACCACUUGUUCCUACAGCAGCCUAUGCACCCGACGUAUCCGAGCCUAAACGUAUUGGUGCAAUUCAUGAACACCGUAUACAGAGAGGAGGGUUCUCCAAUGUUGCCAACCCCUAUCCCUGAAAACACAAUCUGCGUAGCGUACUCGCAAGAUUCGUGGUACAGGGCAAUCACUCUGUCGGCCGACGUGGAAAAAGACACGUCUUACGUAAAGUUUUUAGAUUUCGGCGGUUACGCCAUCAUGGACAACUGCAAUCUGAGACAAAUCAGAGGAGACUUCCUCUUGUUGCCAUUCCAAGCGGCCGAAUGCAUCCUGGCCAAUAUUAGACCCGUAGGUGGGGACGACGCCUGCUGGGCACCGGAAGCUUUCGAUUUGGUGGCCGAAGUUACCAAAGGAGCUUUAAUUUACACCCAAGUUUUAGACUACACUGAAGAUGGUUGCGUGCCACUUGUGUUUUGCUACAUAGUCACCACGCCCAAUCAACCGAUCUAUUUAAAUCAGCUGUUGGUGGAUCACGGCUUUGCCGAAUGGAUUCCGACGUUGCCGUCGACAGCGGCGGAGGUUUUCGCGCCCGUCGAGGGAGCAGUUGGCAUCACUGCGUAGACCGCAAAUGCUCCUCCUACGUUUUAUAGUCACUUGAUUUUAUCAAGCUCUUGUUAAUCCUUGUGAAUUUUUAUUAGUGCAGUUUAUCGAUUAAUUGACUAGGUUUUAAGCGGAUAAUUUAAUUGUGAUUGUUAGCCAAGUUUUUUUAUAUUAUGCAACUUUUCUUCUCGAAGAGAGUUCUUGACUGACAAUUUUUUCCUUUACUGUUUUAAUUAUUAUUAUAUUAAUGAUAACGCUAACUUUAGGAGCUGCACUAUAUUAUUUUUAUGAUUAUUAACAUUAACUGUUGUGAUUAUGCAUUUUCACUAUACUUCAUUUUAUUUAAAAUGAAUUAUAACUUUCAUUUUCAUGAGUUGACUGUUGUUUGAUAGUCUUCUUGGUUAUCGGGGAUUAUUGAACGACUUUUUCGCCCACUUGUAUAUUACUAGGUUAAAUAAAGAAUAAAUAUUAUGUUGACACAUUUAUAUUUCAUAGAUUAUAGUGGAUUUUGUUUAGUUUUUUUUUUUUGAGCGCUGGUAAUUUACUUAGUUUAUAUCCAAGCUCAAUAAUUAUAGUUGUAGGGUAAUUUAUUAUUGGCCUCCCAUACACCCAAUAAUUAACAAUUGUACAUAUUUCAAGUAUUUCGGAAAAUGGAGUGUCAACUAGUUUUGUCAGCUGUACAUUUCGGGAUUAACGGGCUACAGAAUCUUCGAUUUUUUUAUUUCAAAAUAUUAAGUAUUUUACUCAGGGUUUUAUUCUAAAUUUUAUUGCAGCCUUUUAUAUGGUAUAUACUUCUUAUUACCCACUUAUGUAAUAAUUGCUUAUAAUAAGAUUUGAUUAAAAAAUUGCUCCUUUGAAUAUUCUGUAGUUGCAUGUAUUUAUAACAUAAUUUAAGUGUGUUAUUCUUCUUUAUAUAUAUUGUUGUGUUUUUUAAGUUCAGGUAGUUUUCUUGUUAAGAAUCUUUAUUUCAAUGUUAGUAUUUUGUACAUAGGUUGUAAUAUAAAGUUUUUUUGGAUUUGACUUAAUAAUAAUAUAUAAUUAAUAAAGAA